UUUGGAUGUGAGCACACAAGCAAUUGCUGUGAAGGUUCCUUGAUAAAUUCGUAAAUGAAUGUUACAAUCAAUAUAUCUACUUUUAGAGGGAAGUGAACCGUACGCGCUUAAAAGCCAGCACUGACUAGCGACAGUAUAUUUUGUGUUGUGGCUCUUGUGUCACCAUCAAUUCUGCUCCCACUGCUAAACCUGUCCUAUUAUGGCAAAACAAAACACUCUCUUGUCCUGUUGAACUUAUUAACAGUGGGGGGCAGUGUUAACCGAGCCAAUGGGACUAUUCGACUCUCUCUCUUUCCCUACCUCUUUCUCUCUCUUACACACCCUUUUUCUAACUUUAUCUACAGUGUAAACUUGAGUUGCUUGCUCUUUUCCUGGAAAGAAAAUCUGAUGAUCUGAUCUUCUCUUUAAGCAUAUUUCAGAAAUCAUCUACCAAUAACUGCAGUCCUUAAAGACUUGUUGCAGACUGCAGCCAUUCUUUAAGCAGAAUCUUGUGUUUCCCCUUCAAAUUUUUACAUUUUCUUUACCAUCAAUUUCAAAACCCCUUCUUUUCUCUCUUUCUCUCUCUCUCUCAAUAGCAUUUAUCGUGAAGAAGACUGGGAAGCCAUGCAAAUUCUUGCCUACUGAUCCCUUUUUGGUUAUUCUUGUGUUUCAUUUUCACAAGAAAUAUCCACUCUUGUAGGGGCAAAGUGGAUAAGAACAAAGCUUCCAUACUUUUCCAUUUCAAGGGGAUACACUAUCCCUGCUCACCUGAAAAACAAGAAACUGUCUCUCUGUCUCUUUCUCUCUCUCUCUCUCUCUCUUUCUAGGGUUCAUCCUUGAGUCACCACCUUCCCUCACAAGAAAGCAAAAAGGGAGAAAAAAAAAAAAACUGUAGUUAAGACCCAAGAAGAAGAGCUGCAGCUAGAAGCAGGACAACCCUACAGCAAAAACAAAUCUUCCAGCAAGAUCCUGAUAAAGACAACAGGAAAACCCUAAUCCCAUCUCCUAUAUCAUCUUUCGACAUGGAUUUGGCCUCCUCUUCAGCAAACCCAACCUUUUCAAGCCCAAUAAUGGGUGUCUCGAUCACCUCCUCUACCACUUCCACUACAACCACCACGCCAACCGCAGCCUCUUCCCCAUCUUCCACUCCGAGUCGCUAUGAGAACCAGAAGCGCAGAGACUGGAACACUUUCUGCCAGUACCUUAGGAAUCACAGGCCACCUCUUUCGCUUCCCAUGUGCAGUGGUGCCCAUGUCCUUGAAUUCCUUAGAUACCUUGAUCAAUUUGGCAAGACCAAAGUCCAUAAUCAAACUUGUCCAUUCUUUGGCCUACCUAACCCACCAGCUCCCUGUCCAUGCCCUCUCCGCCAGGCUUGGGGAAGCCUCGACGCACUGAUCGGACGACUCAGAGCAGCCUAUGAGGAGCACGGAGGAAGGCCUGAAGGGAACCCAUUUGGUGCAAGGGCAGUGAGGAUUUACUUGAGGGAGGUUAGGGAUUUUCAGGCAAAAGCAAGAGGGGUUAGCUAUGAGAAGAAGCGAAAAAGGCCUAAACCAAAGGCAACAUCAACGCCACAAGAAGCACCGCCAGCUGAUUCAGGUGCAGGCUAGUGAAAGAGAGGUAAAAUAUGAACAAGGAGAAGCUUGCAUUGAAGCUAUGUGAUGUGGGCUCAUUAUCACCAGCAGCUUUAUCCGUAUGGGUAUUAUUUUUCUGCUCUUUUUUUUUAUCCUAUAAAGAGAUGGUUAUAUAAAGAACUUUGCUUUGCUUUCUAAGAGCAUAUGUUUAGAUUUGUGGGUACCAUUGGGACUACUCUUUAAGGGACAACGGCCUGGCAAUGAGCUACUGCCGGUAUGUAGUAGUGCCAGUAAUAGUGAAUCUAGUAAUAGUAGACUAUUAGCGGAAAUGAUGAUAACAAGUAAUCUUAUACUUGUGGUCAUAAAUCGAAUUUGUACUUGGAACAUAUAAUGUAAGCACUUGUUUGAUUUGCUCUUGUA